AUGCAAUUGAUCCUCGCGACCGCGCUCUCAAUCAUCUCGUUCGCGUCGGCUGCGCCCUGCACGUCGGCGGAAUUCAACUCAAUAGACGACACCUACGCCACCACACUCACGGCCGCGUGCGCUUCGAGCCUCAAGAUGAAUACGAGUGCGACGAUCUCGACUGCCAUGGGGUACCCUUACGGCUUUUGCCAACCGGAGUGCGCGACCGACCUCAACAGCCUCUCGUCCGGCAUUGCGAUCUGCGACGGAACCGCGCCGGCCGUGGCGAUUGUCGCGCAAUUCAGGCAAAUGUGCACCGACUUGGCCAACCCGACAAUGAAUGGCGGCAAGUGCACGACCAGCGACAUGAUACUCCACAGUAGCAUUAUGGAAUCGCCCGUGUGGACCAACUAGCUCGAACGCGGCCGGUGUG